AGCUAAGCAUGAAUCUGAUAUCGGAGGCCGACGGGCCGAAGACCAAACGAAUGAAAUCUGAGAACGACGAAAGGAGAUCGUGCGAUCAGAAGGAAGAAGACGACGUACGGGAAAAUGUGGCCGAAGGUAUUUCUGAUGGGAAAGAGAUUUCUCAACAGGAGGAGCACGAGAGAUCAGUGGAUAGCGAUAACGAGGCUUCGGCGACCGUCGACAGCGACGACGAGUCGUUCACGUUUCCUCCCGACGAGGAUAUUACCGACAUGUUAGACGAGGUGCAAUAUAACGGAUAUUUUCCUACGGUUACCGAUCGCUAUUUUACCCCCUAUUACAAAACGGACGUGCAAUCGCCUGGAGACGACAUGUGCGUAUGGAUUCACAGUAAUCGUAUCUGCAUGCUGUCCUUGGCGCCUAGUCAUGUGAUUUUGCGAAGCAACAAAGGUAUAGAGAAGGUUGACUUUAGGGUCAGCGACAAGUUGGAUAGAUCCUUAAACAAAGUCUCGGGAAAGGGUAAACACGGCGCGCAGCCAUUGCAGACUAACUCGAAUGUCUGUACCAUAUCGUGCCUGGACGGGCAAACAUACGUCAUCAAGUGCUGUAUGAUAGGAAAGUUGGUGGAAGUUAACGAGGCGUUGUCAGAGGAUCCGCAACUUCUCAAGGGACCGCCGCAUAAAGGUGGAUAUUUGGCUAUAAUAUUGCCGAAUAUAAAACUCUUGGAAAGUUUAAAGCAAUCUCUGUUGACUCACGAACAAUAUAUUGAACUUGUUGAAGAAAGAGAAAAGAAGUGACGUAGUAAUAAAUGAAAAUUUUAUCUAUUGACAGCUGUUAUUGCUGAGAAAUGAUUUGGUCAAUUUAAUAACAGCAAUGAACAAUUUAUAAGAAACUAGGUAGCAAUUAUUAGAAUUGGAAAUAAUUAAGAUUUUGGAUGAAUAAAUUAAUUUGACUUUCUUACGUA